CGCCAUUGCGCUUUCAACGUCUCCGUUAGAGGGCAUUGUUGAUGCCGAAGGCGGAGUGCCUGGUUGAGCUCAGUCUCAGCGCUCGUGCUUCUCUCCCUGGAACACAUUUUUUGAACUUCAGGACUACGGAGGAAGCAAGCGGGAGUGGAUGACUUGCGAUCAACUAGGCUUAAUUUUCAGUGUUCCUUUUGAAUUCGUGUUGUUGAUGUCCUGUUUUAUUCAGAAGUUAUCGAUGAAAUAACACCGCGUUUAACAACUUGAAUGGAAUUUGGAAGUAAUUGUUGCAAUUUACCAGACGGAUACAAUGUGACUGCUCCGAACCAAAUGAGUAGGUUUACUGUGAAGGAUUGUUGUCCGGUCUGAUCAGGUGAACUGCUAAAUAACAUGGGUAAACUUCAAUCAAAACAUGCUUGUAAACGUAGGGAGAAUCCAGAGGGAGACAGUUUUGUUGUAAACGCGUUUAUAUCAAGGAGAGGGGCUGAAGAAUGCGAGAGGUACAACGCGUCGGAACACAAAUUGAAGAACAUCCAGGAGAUACCAAGCGGCCGGCUGAAGGAGGGUCCAUUCCUACAGCAUCACUGUCCCCUAGAGGUGGUGUUGCCCCCAGAGAAGGCGGAGGGCUGUGAGAGCCUCCUUCAGUACCUCCAUGCUGAGGACGGCGAGCGAGAGGCCCAGAGGGAGUCUGCCAAAGGGAAGAAGCGCAUCAGUCUGGAUGACCUGGAGUGUGAUGUGUCAGUGGAGGAUGAUAAUCGUCAGGAGUGGGUCUUCACCCUUUACGACUUUGACAACAGCGGGAAAGUCACCAAGGAGGACAUGUCCAGCCUGAUGCACACCAUCUAUGAUGUGGUGGACGCCUCGGUCAACCACUCAGGCCACAGUAAGAGUAAGACACUCCGAGUGAAGCUGACGGUCACCCCAGAGCCCAAGACACGGCGGAGAGAAACCAUCAGCUCAGGACCAGAGCGAGAGGCGGGGCGAUGUCACGCAGAGGAGAACCGCAAACACUGCUCUCAAGUCAGAGGCCAGAGCAGCGACGCCCCAGAGGGACAUCACUAUUGUGUGGAUGAGAACACUGAGAGGAGAAAUCACUACCUGGACCUGGCUGGGAUUGAGAACUACACCUCUAGGUUUGAAGCGCCCCCAGAGCAGCCCACGCCGCGAGGCCCCCACCCCCAGAGCCGCUCUCGCUCCCAUGAGCCCGAGGCCCACGCCGCCCACCAGCGCCGCUCGCAGGUCAUCGGGGAGUACUGCACCCCUGUGGAGCCCCGCAGCAGUAGGGGGCCCCAGUUCCUCAAGUCCCCCAAAGGAGCCGGCAAGUCAGGAGUCAGUGGAGGAGGGGGCAAGUCGGGCAGGUGCCACGGCUACCACGCGCCCCUGCACCAUAGUGCCUCUGCGGGUUCUCACGGCGGCCAGGACGUGUACCACCUCGCCCAGCAGAGCCAACCCCAGACCGUGCUCCACCACCAGCACCCGCUCCAGCACAGCCACAGCAAGCGGCUGCGGGCCAAGACCCGAGAUGGCCUCUCCCCGGCCAAAGGCCCCCAGCAGCAGCAGCAGCAGCCUCCCCCCCCCACGCCCCCAGGCCUGGAGCGCGAGCAGCAGCCCCCCAUCCUGCCCGGCAGCCCUGGGUUUGUGGUGCCGGUGGUCCAGCGCCACGAGCACCACCACCACCACGAACACCACCACCAUCACCACUAUCACCACUACCACCAGACAUGACCGCAUGUGGCUCACACUCAUACUCACAACACUCACACACACGUACUCACACACACAAAGAACCACCAGAAAGCAGCUGAGGGCAUGAGGACAUGAGGACAUGCCUGGCUGAAAGACAAAUCAGCCCAGGGGACGACGUAGUCCUCUGGUCACCAAGUCUGCUUUGCUCACACUCGCUGAGACGACAUGACUUGGCUUCAGCCAUAGCAAACUGUGGAUACCAGACUGACAGGAGUGCUAAUGGUCCAUAAUAAACACUUUAAUUAGGACUUUCUAUUGGCCUAGGCUAGCAGAGAUUUCCAGCUGUGUAUGAAGAUGGAUCAAUGGACUUGCACGCCAUGUUCCUUUGAUGUUGUCGGUAGAUUUGUUUGUCCUCUUUGAGGUUGUACGAUUGACCUCAGAGCUUUUAUGUAACACUUUCAAUGAGGCCAACACUUACUGCAUUGUAUACACAUUUAUACACUGAAUCAUAACAAAAGCUAAUAUGUGAUUACAACAAAAGAAAAAAGCUGAAAUUAAUCUGAUUGUGUAAACCCUCAAUUCCACACAUUGGGACAAUAGUUCAAGAUGUGAUGAGCUCAUGGUCAGGCAUAUUAGAGGGUCUCUGCUGAAAGUGUGCUGGCUUCAUUGAAAGCGUUGCCAUGGUUCCUAAGUGUGGGUCUCAGGUGAACGGUGCUGCUCGUUAGCUUCUCUCUGGAAAGGCUGCUUCUCCCCACAGGGUCCCUGCUGCUGAGAGAGGGGCUCCCCCUCCUGGGGAGGACAUGAAAAUCACCACUGCCAGUUUUAAUGCAAAAUAACUUCUUAUAUAUUAUGUGUCAGAAAAUCUAUAUGAAUAUAUACAAUUACUGUAUAAUUGUACUGCAUAUGCAUAUUUAUCAUGGUUUAUACAUAUGCAUAUAUGUCCUUUUUGUAUAUUUUAAUAAACAUUUACACUUCAUGCAUGGUAGUCAUGACGUAUCAUUUUUC